UUUUUCUGUUAGCAGUUAAAAACUCUCGGGUUAGAGAUAAGGUUACAUACAGUGGUCCUCCCGUCGUGCCAGUAGUCUGUCGAAUCGUGUUUAUUAAAGUGACUUGAUCCUAUAAUAAUGAAUCUGCCCAGGAACUUUCAUUCGGCGAAAACAAUAGAGCGAUUCAAGCACGUGCCCAGCAAAGUGGCACUGGGCAUAGCAGAGAUGCAGGCGAUGGACCAGCUGCGUCGUAGUAUGAAAAUAAAGGUCGACGCCCACAACUCCACAAAUCUCCCACGGAAAGGUGCAAGAGAGAGCGGCGAUAAUACUUGCGCGGGCCCCGAUCAGGACGAAGCACUUGAGGACCAGCAGCAUCGCUGUGCGAUCAAUAAGAUCUGCCAACACAGCUCCAUGCUGGAGUUCAUGACGCCUAGAGAGCGCGGUCACGACUUCUGGCUGGGCGAGGUGCAUAGCCUUGACGAGUCACUGGCUGGCAGCUACGAGCGUUUACUCGUCGAGAAUGACCGACUGCUCAACGAGAAUUUGGGCUUGAGGAACGACAAGGUGCGUCUGGUGGCCGAUAAAAUGAGUGCGCAUGAAUACAUCAACUAUCUGCAGGCCAAGCUGCGCGAAAAUACUAUAGCAAUCAUUCAGAUAAAACGCAGUUUGGCCACCCUUCGCCAAAAAAUGGACACCAGCAAGCGCCACGCGAACGACACUCCAAAGCCAGCAAAGGUUUCAAAGGCCACCCAGCUCUGAUGGAGGCUCAGUGGUGACUGAAACAUUUUCGUCUUACUUUUGUUUUACUUAUUGUGUCAAAAUUGUUUAUUUUAUGUUAAAGGUAUAAUAAAAGGA